ACCUGAGAAGAUUAGCAGCUCUACUUUUCAAACUCUACGACAAAAGAUGGUUCAGAACACUGGGAUCUUGAUUCUUUGCUUUCUUGCUGGCCACGUCUUGAGGGUCAGCGCAUCGUACAACGAGUGUGAGGCUAAAGAAUUUGGGAAGUGCAAUCAAGUUUUCACGGAUGUGUUUCAAAAAGCUGAUAAAAACCAAAACGUGGUUGAUAUCUACUGUAAAGCCUUAAAGGUCAGGGUAGAGUGCAUGGCAUCGAAUACUGAGUGUGUUGGUGAAGCCAUUGACCUAAUGAGAUUUGCUUUCCUUCAACAUGUGACAUUAGACACGACUUUGGGAACCUGCACCAACUUUGAUCUGGAACCUUUGAGAAAACUUGUCCACGCCAACGAAAAGUAUCACACGAUGAUUGCUGGUUUAAAAGACCUUGAAAAAGACCACUUUCAACCAUGCGCUGCCAAAAAGAAUGUGUACUGUGCGUCCCGAUUCGCAGAGGAGCUCAAGAGUGGCGCGAAACUUUGCCACGCUCUUCCAAACUUCUUCAAAUGUUACGAAUCCAAAACCUUGGUUUGCGAUGACAAAAUCUACAAGGAUUUUGUUGUAGACGUUAUAAGGACUGAUUCAGAAUUGAAGGAGUUUGUUAAAAAAUUUCCAAACGCUAUGCCAGGGUGUAGUUAGUCAGGCUAGUCGUCACGCAGUCUGUGACGUGUUUUAUUUUGGCGUGACUGAUAAUGUAUGAAUGAGUAAAGUACAAAGUAUAAGCAAACAGUUAUAAAAGCCAAUCAAAAAAUCAAACGCUUAAAGAUUCUUAAAAUCCAUUA